AUGGGGUAUGGUGGUGAUCAGGACACUGGUAUGGAGUAUGGCGGUGAUCAGGAUGCUGGUAUGGGGUAUGGGGUAUGAUCAGAAUACUGGUAUGGGGUAUGGUGGUGAUCAGGAUACUGGUAUGGGGUAUGGUGGUGAUCAGGACACUGCUGAUAUGGGGUAUGGCGAUGAUCAGAACACUGGUAUGGUGUAUGGCGGUGAUCAGGGUGCUGGUAUUGCAUAUGGCGGUGAUCAGGGCGCUGCUAUGGUGUAUGGCAGUGUUAUGUGAGCACUGGGACAGGUGAUAGAGGCUAGCUGCAU